GUUGCUAACAACCUGCUGCCCGUAACUUCGUCCGUCCACCGCUGCCUCAUGCACCGACGGUUCCCAGCGGCGGCGUUCUCGGUGUGCGUGUGAGGAUGAAGCCGUGUCGACUGUGAACGCAGCCCCCGACCCUCGGCUCCGUGCUGGCUGCAUGGUGCUCCGCGUCUCUCCGCCCGCUUUCUGACGCUUGGGGUUGCAGUCUGGCCUCCAGCCGCGACUGCGAAUCAACUUCAUUUCUCAGCGUCACCCUGCUCUGUUUAUUUUAUAAAGAUGGCGGUGAGGGGGACACUGUAAACUAAAUGACUGUCAGAAACAUCGCCUCCAUUUGUAAUAUGGGCACCAAUGCCUCUGCUCUGGAGAAAGACAUCGGCCCGGAGCAAUUCCCAAUCAAUGAGCACUACUUUGGAUUGGUCAAUUUUGGAAACACAUGCUACUGUAACUCAGUGCUCCAGGCUCUCUACUUCUGCCGGCCUUUCCGGGAGAACGUGCUGGCAUAUAAAGCCCAACAGAAGAAGAAGGAGAACCUGCUCACAUGCCUGGCUGACCUCUUCCACUCCAUCGCCACGCAGAAGAAGAAAGUGGGCGUCAUCCCACCCAAGAAGUUCAUUUCCCGGCUACGGAAGGAGAACGAUCUGUUCGACAACUACAUGCAACAGGAUGCCCACGAAUUCCUCAACUACCUGCUGAACACAGUGGCCGAUAUCCUGCAAGAGGAGAAGAAGCAGGAAAAGCAGAAUGGUCGCCUCAAGAACAACGGCACCGCCGUCACCACGGAGGCUGAGACGGAGAACAAGACAGAGCCCACAUGGGUUCAUGAUAUCUUCCAAGGCACACUGACCAACGAGACGCGCUGCCUCAACUGUGAAACGGUGAGCAGCAAAGAUGAGGAUUUUCUGGAUCUUUCUGUGGACGUGGAGCAGAACACAUCAAUAACACACUGUCUCAGGGACUUCAGUAACACAGAGACUUUGUGUAGUGAAUACAAAUACUACUGUGAGACAUGCUGCAGCAAGCAGGAAGCACAGAAACGGAUGCGUGUGAAGAAACUUCCUAUGAUCCUGGCGCUGCACCUCAAGAGGUUUAAGUACAUGGAGCAGCUGCACCGCUACACCAAGCUGUCCUACCGAGUGGUUUUCCCCCUAGAACUCCGUCUGUUCAACACAUCUGGGGAUGCAGUCAAUCUGGAUCGCAUGUAUGAUCUCGUGGCUGUGGUGGUUCACUGUGGGAGUGGACCGAAUAGAGGCCAUUACAUCACCAUAGUGAAGAGUCAUGGUUUCUGGCUGCUGUUUGAUGAUGACAUCGUAGAGAAAAUUGAUGCCCAGGCCAUUGAGGAGUUUUACGGCCUUACCUCAGACAUCUCCAAGAACUCUGAGUCGGGAUACAUCCUCUUCUACCAGUCGAGGGAGUGACGCUGGAGCUGGAUCGGUGACACAGGAGGAGACUGAAUAGGAAGAAUUCUCUCUUUUUUUUUUUUUUUUUUAAACCUUCAGUCUAACAGACUCCUGCUUCUCUCCCCCCCUUCCUCCAAGUCAGACCUCUCUGACGUAUGUGCCAAUCCUCUGUCCCAGUUUCACCCUCUGGGCUUUUACCUGUGCUUCAUCUCUCUCUCUCUCUUUCUGUCUCUCUCUCUGUAAUUUGAUUCUUGUCUUUUAGUCACCUGCAUCUGGACUGCACUUUAAAACAAAAGCAAAAAUGCUCAGCGGCUUGACGGAAACAAAAAAGCGUCUCAUCAAGAACAAGCUUGGUGUUUGCUCCUAGGAGAAGCCUGCAGAGGUGAAGGGUCUGGUGCACAUACAGACAGCUGUCAUUAAUUGUACUAUAUCAUUUAUAUGUAUAUAAGGUCUACUUCCAUGAUGUGCCACCCAAUCAUAAUUCCUUUCAUUAGGGCUAUUUUCCCCAUCACUGUCCAGUCCUUUGGUGUGUUUAUGUCCCUGGUGGAUGCAUGAGAAGUGAAUGAGGCAAACACUGUAUAGUACGCAUAGAGAGAUUUCCUACAUUUUUAAUGGUUCUGAAGCAAUAUACGCUGAACAAAAAUAUAAAUGCAGCAUGUAAAUGAUCUUUGUGAAAAAGUUAAAAAUUAAGUUUCUAUUGUUACAGUUAGAUUAUCAAAAUGAGUUAGAAAAAGGUUGCAUUUAGCUUCUUUCGACCAAAUUCUCAAGUAUUGAGUUAAUCCACACAUUAGUCAGUUGUGGCUUUCAAAGACACUCCUCUGAUGAAAGUCCUCUAUAAAAGUCCACCUUAAAAUGCAGCUUUAUUAAAAAGACUCACUGCCACAGAUGAAAAGAGAAAGAUGAAAACAUGCUGUUAGUAUAUUAUACUAGUUGUCAGGCACUUGAAUGUCCAACUCCACCAUUUGCCAUCUAAGAGAUCGUUUCAGACAGCAUGGUACAACAGUCUCACCUCAGACCUUGUGUCACUACCUACACCGAAGACUGUCACAUCCGGCUUGUCCAUCUGCAAAAUUGUCAUCAAUCAGAAACUGCCGAUAAAGUUGCCUAAGGGAAGCUGGUUUGCGAUCCUGUAGGCCACACCACACCUUGAUCUACCGGCAGAAUGGCAUCAAAGUGGGCCACCACUCAUGUUAGUUGGACAUUAUCAAGAUGAGAGAAGGUUGUUUUCACUAAAGAAUCGACUGUACAGAGCAGACAGCAGAUAUCGAGUUUGGCCUCGCACAGGGUGAAGUUUUUUCAAUGCCUAAUACCAAUGGUAGUCCCAUUCAUUCAGCGAUUACACUUUGCCCUUCUAGCAGCUGAAAAUGUUCCAGUCCUGUCAUGGCCUGCAGAGUCUCUGGAUGACGUGUCUGACAACCAGACUCAGUCUCACAAAAUGUCCAUCAACUUCACCGAGCCCUUUGGUUAGCGUGAAACAACACUAGCAACUCAACAUCCUCAUAAACUCUGGCUUGUUUUUAUUUUUAAAUUAUGGUCUAUAAUCCCACUCUCCAUCUGCCCGCUGUCAUUUCCAGUAUAGUACAUGCUUUAUUGUUUCAUGACGUCCAUCCUGUUGAAGAGAUGCCAUGUGUUGGAACGACGAAUGCUCGUUUCCCUAUAUUAAAAAGAAGGGAUAGAAUUUGAUUAAAUAUUACAUGCUGCCUUUAUAUUUUUGUUCAACAUAAUGAGAGAGAGCUCAAAACUACCUAAACUUCAAACUGUAAACCGUAGAAGUUGUUUUUUCUGUCUUUCUGCUCUGACAGAUGUCUGGCCAGAUGUGAACCAGUGCUUAAAUCCAACUGAGCCACAUACUCGUAACACUACACAUGGAAAAGCAAACCCCACAGCUGAAUCUUUAUAAUAUUUUUAUUAAAGA